ACAAAAACAGCGCCAUCUAGUAUCGAGUUCUGUAAUUAUCUCUUUGUUUAUGGAUUUGAAGUAAGACCGCCACGCAUGCAAUACAUUAUGACUGGGGAUCCCCCUAUUCGUCGACGCUGAAUAUGAGGCGACGACAAUCACUGUCAAACGUGUUCACUAUUACUCUGACUCUGGUAACGUGACUUCCUGGUAACGUGUUAGGUAGGAAAAGCAGUAAAAAAGUGCAUAUUAAGGGAGCAGAUUUGAAAUAAUAUUUAUACUUAACAAGAAAUAAUUAAAGGUUCAAUGGGGAGACCUAAAGAUUUACGCAUAUGGGAGCACUACCGUACUUUACCAAACAAGUCUGUUUCUUGCAAGCUUUGUAAUAAGGUCUACAAAUUCAGUAAUGCUGCCAAAAUGCUUCAACAUCUUAUCACUUGUCCAAAAUCUCCAGAAACAUUAAAAGACUCUAUGAAACUUAUAAAAGAUAGCUCGUCCAAAACCAAAAUGUCUGGACUGUCAGAGAUAGAGACAAAUGAUUCUUUUAUAAGCCCCUCGUCGUCUGCUAAUACUACAAUAAAUGCUGAGUUUCAAGACACCGAUGAUCAUAUAAAAACAGAAUUAGCAAGAGCUAUAUUUGUAACAGGGACGCCAUUAUCGAUGGUGCAACAUCCUUUAUGGAUACAAUUUUUCGAAAAAUUGCAACCAAAAUUUAAAAUACCUUCACGUAAAGCUUUAGCGACAAAAUACUUAGAUAAAAUAUAUAGAGAAAUGCGUUUUGAGUUAAAUGAGGAACUAAAUGCUUGUAGUUACUUACACCUUCAGUGCGAUGGCUGGUCUAAUUUAAGAAAUGAAGGAAUAAUAAACUUUCUUAUAUCAAAACCUCAACCUGCAUACGUUAAAAGUUUGAAUACAGAAAGUAAUCCUCACACUAGUGAAUACCUUAGCCAAGAAGUUGAAAAAGUAAUGAAAGUGUAUGGAGCAAAUAAGUUUCUUGUACUUAUUGGCGAUAACGCUAGAAAUAUACAAAAGGCAUUCGAAUUAACAAAACUCAAAUAUCCACAUGUUGUUCCUCUCGGUUGCUGUAAACCUGAAAUGAAGAUUCGCAAUGAUAAUGAUGACCUAUGA